AUGCCGAUCGAAUCGACCUAUCCACCAGUUGCUGUCCCUCCUGUGGAUUUGUGGACCCUGGUGUUUCAACGAACGGAUCGCGAGUUUCCUGAGGAACAUGUCCUCUACGUGGAACUCACGACGCAAAGGAGGCUCACAUUUCGUGCCAUACAACAAGCGGCCGAGGCGUUCGGAAGAGGACUUCUUCAACAGUGGGAUUGGCAGAGGGGGGACAAACUAGCCUUGAUGACACCGAACACCGCCGAUGUCGCCCCGGUCACGUUUGGCGCCUGGUUUGCAGGUGGAGUUGUCUGCCCAGUCAACCAUCAACAUAAGGCUGGAGAACUAGUGUCGCUAUUGAGAACAUCUCAAGCGAAAGCUCUCAUCACCGACUUGUCUUGCCUUAAGGUCGCCUGCAAAGCCGCGUCAGCUGUUGGCUUGCCCCUGGGCAAAAUCCUCCUCGUAGGCGAUCACGAUCCGGAACGCCGAUUCCAGCAUUUCUCGAGUUUUCAAGGCCCUUCAAGUAUCAACAGGGUCCGAAACAAGCCAAGCGACUUAUGUUUCCUGGUCUUCUCUUCUGGGACGACGGGACCCCCAAAAGCGGUCAUGUUGACUCACGAGAACAUCGUUGCGAACAUAAUCCAGUUCAGCACCGUAGACGCUGGCGUUUUCAACUGGAAAACUGAUCGCGUACUUGGAAUCGCUUCUUUGGUUCUUUCCCCACUUUAUCAGGGGAUCACCAUCUAUAUCAUGACAGAGUUUGAUCUCGAAGCCUUCUGUGGCGCUAUACAGAAAGAGAAGAUCACUUAUGCCGCAAUUGUUCCGCCAGUCGCCGUGGCACUAGCCAAGAGCCCUGUGGUUGGCAAAUACGACCUGAGUUCCUUGCGGAUGCUUCUAUCAGCUGCAGCGCCAGCUGGGAACGAUCUCAUUGAAGCAAUCUACGAGCGCCUAAAAGUGCCUCUUAAGCAGAAUUACGGACUCACCGAAGCUUCACCGCUUGUAUCCGCUCAGCGCUGGGAGGAUUGGAACAAGCCCAUUGGCUCCAGUGGCCGUCUCGUCCCAUCCAUUUCAAUGAAGAUAAUGUCAGAUGAGAAGGAAGUCGGUCAAGGUAGAGAAGGCGAGAUCUGGAUCAAGGGGCCAAACGUCACUAAAGGAUACUACAACAAUCCCAAAGCCACAGCCGAAAGCAUCGAUGAUGAAGGCUGGUACCGCACGGGCGACAUUGGCUACGUCGACGAAAAGAACAACAUCUACAUCACCGACCGCCUGAAGGAGUUGAUCAAGUACAAUGGCUUCCAGGUUGCUCCGGCAGAGCUCGAGGGGCUACUGCUUGCGCACCCAGCGGUCAGUGAUGUUGCUGUUAUAGGAGUGUACAGUGAGCAACGGGCGACUGAGCUCCCACGAGCAGUCGUUGUUCUGGCUGAUGGCUAUAAAGGAGAUGAGAAGAUGGAGAAAGGUUUGAAAGAUUGGAUACAUGAGCGAGUUGCACCGUACAAGCGGCUCCGGGGUGGAGUACGAUUUGCACAGACAAUCCCGAAGAGCAAUGCUGGAAAGCUGCUCAGGAGAGUGCUUGUCGAAGAGGCCAGGAGAGACAACGAGAAAGCACCCACAGCACGACUGUGA